GUUGAUCGAAGUGAGGUCGCUUUCGGUUGAAAUGCGCUUACUAUUUUCGGGCAAAGUGGCUUUAAAAAGCUUUAUUUGACUCAUACGUAAAGUUGUUUUUGUUUUUUCCCAUACAUAUCAUCCACCUUCUCCACGUCUGCUGCAUACAUAUGUAUACUAUACAUAAGCACAUAAAUGUAGAUGCAAUAUGUCUUUCACCAUGCAAAUGGGCUCUCGCAAGUACGUUAAAUUAUCGUUGGAGCAACGCAUGAUGGUAAUUAAAUCGUUUAAACAUACACCAAACUACAACCGUUUGGCGAGUUACUUCCAUUGCAGUACAAGGCAGGUAAGGAGUAUCAUCGCUAAUAGAGAUAAGAUCAAGCGCUACCACAAUGAACGUGCCAAGAAAUUAGCAGAAGAAAUAGUCAAUCGGCGUCGAGAGAAGAUUGACUUUCUCUGCGAAGUGGUCUAUGAGUUUCUACUACGCGCUCACUAUCUUCGCAUGCCAAUCGACAUAUCAAUCAUACGAACGAAGGCAUUUGAAGUGAAAGAGGCAUUAGCUAUUGAAAAUUUUACACCAAACAAUGAUUGGUUGCAAGUCUUUAAAUCGCAUUACGAUACAUUGGAUUUACCAGGAAUGACGGAACAAUUACCAAGUUCUAUGGAGGAGCGACGUUCGUUGAAGUGUAUCGAUAUAAUGGAGUAUAUAAGCAAGCAAGCUGGAGGGAAGGAAGAAAAAACACAUAUGGAGUCAGAUGACACCCCUGGAAGUGGUCGGAAUGAUAGUGAAAAGGCGAUACAGAAUUUUAUGAAAUCUGAAAAUGACGUUGAUGAUUAUGAAGCGUAUGGCAGUACUAAAGAUGAUUUCGGGAAUCAUGAGAGUGUUGAAAAUAUGACCACUGCAAGCGCGAGUGCUGCACCGAUUGUCGUCGAUCUUGAUUCGGAUGAGGAAGACGAAGAAGUAGAGAGCGCUGUGGUGAAAGCGGAGGAGACUGUAUCAGCCAACACAAGCUCUUUUGCUGCUAUGCCUAUUUUAAAACCCUCAACGCCCCCACCUUUUCCCGAUAUACACAGCUAUCCGGAAGCCAUGCGUCAUCUGAAAGUGUUGGAAGAUUUUGCGAUGAUGAAAGAGAACUAUCGCGCUAUCGGCUUGAUAACACAACUGGAGCAGAUUUUCAAGUAUCCAUCGAUAUUGGAGAGCUAACCGCAUGAAAUAAGUCUAGAUCUACAUAAUACUUUUAUAUAGGUUCAAGAAAAUACUUUAAACUACAAAGAAGUAUUUUUGUACAAAUUUCGACAGAUUGUACAGUUAAGAUAUUCGAUUUAUAUGAAUACGCCUAAUAAGAAAAUUUCAGGUUAAGAUGACAUUGUUUUAAAUGUUAAAAUGUAUAUACGUUCAUAAAUA